UGCUGACGCGUGUAUUUAGGCAGCAGUAAGCCCGUCGUAUGGCCUUUCCUGGGUGGCUUGGGUCUGCCUCCCUUAAGCUUUUGGUGGUGGCGGCCUAUAAUUCAUCCACUCACCACGCCGUCCACAGAAGAGCACACUGCAUUAGGCUGUCACCGCCUGAGGGGAGGACAGCAGCAGCAGCAUCAACAUGGCUGGCUUUGGUUUAGAGGAGAUUGGAAUCCCUGGUGGAGUUUACCUGAAAGAAUCCCUGACCCACUGCACUGACCCACUCAAAGCCAUUGAGGAAUUCCAGGUUGAGAAUGGCAUCCUGCUCCCGUCCCUGCGGCCGAUGCUCCACCUGUUGGAUCUUCAUGGUGUCAAACGGCUGGACUUCCACAACUCAAUCAUGGAGGAAUUACGAGAUAAGCUGAUCUCUCAAAUCAGUGAGUUGGGGAAGAGGGAGGGCAGGGAGAGGGACCGUAAGUUAAAAGAGCUGCUGACCAAGAGUUUCCCUGUGAUCAAGAUUAAGGCGCUGCGACCGGUGGUGAUGUGCAUCCUGAAACACAUGUCACAUGUGGAGGACAAGUACCUCAAGAUCCUGGUGAGAGAUCGAGAGCUAUAUGAGGCAUGUGACACAGAAGUGAAGCGACAAAUCUGGAAGGAUUCACAGGCUCUCUUUGGAGACGAGGUUUCUCCACUCCUCACCGGAUACAUCACCAGCAAGGAGGACACACUCUUCAAUGUGGAGAAUCUUAAUAAUCUUUUCUUCAGUCCCUCACCUAAGGCAAGACGGCAAGGGGAGAUGGUGCAGAAACUGGUACACAUGAUUGGAAAGAAUGUUAAGCUGUACGACAUGGUGCUCCAGUUCCUGCGCACACUCUUCCUACGCACACGCUUCAUCCAUUACUGCUCCCUGCGUGCUGAGCUCCUCAUGGCACUGCACGACAAGGAGGUGCAUGACAUUAUUGCCGUGGAUCCUUGCCAUAAGUUCACCUGGUGCCUGGAUGCCUGUAUCAGGGAGGGCAAGGUGGAUGCCAAGAGGUCGAGGGAACUUCAAGGGUUCCUGGACAGUAUACGAAGAGGCCAAGAGCAGGUUCUGGGUGACCUCUCCAUGAUCCUGUGUGACCCAUAUGCUAUCAAUUUCUUGGCUAACUCGGUGGUGCGUCUCCUGCAGCACCUCAUGAACAAUGAAGCAAUGCCCAGGGAUAACUCAGUGCUGGUGUUGAUGCUCAGGAUGCUGGCACUGGGUCUGCACAGCUGGGACAUGAUUGAGAGCCAGCUGUUCCGGGAGCCCAAACUUGAUCCCCAGAUAGUGACAAAAUUCCUCCCAGCUCUGGUCUCCCUCAUGGUGGACGAUGAUGUGCGACGCCUGAAUGCGCGGUUACCCCUGGAUGAGAGGGAGUCAGCCAUCACCAUCAUUGAACACUCUGGUCCACCUCCGGACGCUUACCAGGCCUACCUACAAGAGAGCAGUGUGGCAUGUAUCCUGGCCAUGUACUACACUCUGCACACAGCCACACGCAAGGACAAGACAGCACUCAUGAGGGUCCUUGGGACUCUUGCUACAUGUCAUCAGGACCGUGCCUUCCAAGAUACUUUCCUGCAUUCCUUGGUUGCUGCCCUAAUACCAAUGGCAGAUGACUUUGCAACGGAAGACUUUUGCACAGUGGUGUUUGACGAGUUCUUCUUCACCAACAUCAACCGUGAGAAUGUCAUGCGUCACGUCAUCAAGUUGGUGUGGUACAUUCAAAGCUGUUGGUCUGGAUAUGAGAAAGGAGAAGCCAUCCAGGCUCUCUACGACAAAUUCCAGGCCAGGUUACAAGAAUUCCAGGACAUCCAGAACCAACCCACUCCUAUGACUGAGAUGGACUCCCCUCUCAUGGCUGUGCCCACUCCAGCUCCCAUCCAAUAG